GAAAAUACAAUAUUUUUGCAUUGUUUUUAAAUUGUGUGUUUAUUAUAACAACAAUAUAACAAUGGCAGAGAAGCAAGUAAAAAAUAGAGUGUGUAUUAUUGGUUCAGGAAAUUGGGGUUCAGCAAUUGCUAAAAUUGUCGGUCGCAAUGCAGCAAGGCUACCUAAUUUCGAGGAUAGAGUUACUAUGUGGGUGUAUGAGGAGAUGAUUGAAGGGAAAAAGUUGACUGAAAUAAUCAAUGAAACUCAUGAGAAUGUCAAGUAUUUGCCCGGCCAUAAACUCCCGCCUAAUGUGGUUGCUAUUCCGGAUGUGGUGGAUGCAGCUAAAGAUGCAGAUCUUCUAAUAUUUGUAGUGCCACAUCAGUUUGUAAGGACCAUAUGUUCAACAUUAUUGGGUAAAAUUAAGCCAACAGCUGCUGCACUCUCUUUGAUAAAGGGCUUCGACAUUGCAGAAGGUGGUGGCAUUGACCUUAUCUCUCACAUUAUCACAAGAUGCCUCAAGAUACCUUGUGCGGUAUUAAUGGGUGCCAACAUUGCUUCCGAAGUAGCGGAAGAGAAGUUCUGUGAGACAACUAUCGGUUGUCGCGACGUGAUGUUAGCUCCAAUGAUGCGGGAUAUCAUACAGACGGAGUACUUCCGCGUGGUCGUGGUGGAUGACGAGGACGCGGUUGAAAUAUGCGGAGCUCUUAAGAACAUAGUAGCGGUGGGUGCUGGCUUUGUGGACGGUCUUGGCUUCGGGGACAACACGAAGGCGGCUGUCAUCCGGCUCGGCCUGAUGGAAAUGAUUAAAUUCGUGGAUGUAUUCUACCCGGGCAGUAAGCUCAGCACUUUCUUUGAGUCUUGCGGUGUCGCAGAUCUCAUCACUACGUGUUAUGGCGGCAGAAAUAGGAGAGUUGCGGAGGCGUUUGUGAAGACGGGCCGAUCUAUCAAAGAACUGGAAGAUGAAAUGCUGAACGGACAGAAGCUGCAAGGGCCCAUCACCGCGGAAGAAGUUAAUCAUAUGCUGGCCAACAAGAAUAUGGAAAACAAAUUCCCUCUUUUCACCGCUGUAUUCCGUAUCUGCAGAGGAGAACUCAAACCAAGCGACUUUAUCGACUGCAUCCGCAGUCAUCCCGAGCACAUGAAACCGCUGACGCCCAAAUGUUCACUGUGAGCGGGAUGAAGAGUCAUACAAAUUGUUACACGCAAACAUCGCCUACACGCCUACAUUUUUAUCAAGCAUUUUAAUUUCAGUCAUUUUUAACAACUUUGCAGGUUGCAUUGAUAACAA